AUGGUAGUUCAAAGCUCGGUUCAUGUAUCGCCGAGGGACAGUCUUGGUAAAUCAACAUUUGAUUUAGCAGUUUCAAUGAAGUGGCUGCCAAUUUGGGCAAUAGAUAAAGUACUACUGGCAGCAGUUAGGCUAAUUCUUGGAAAUAUAGAACAGUAUGAGUCCCUGGAAUCAAGAAUUUUCUCAUGCCAAUGUAUUAUUAAUGGAAAAAUUCUUGAAAUUGAUUAUGUUAUUUUGGUAACUGGAUAUUGCAAUAAUGUCCCAUCAUGGUUAAAGGAAAAUGAGUUCUUUUCAAUGUGCAUGGAAUCCCCAAAAUCAGCCUUCCCAAAUGGAUGGAAAGGCAAAUUUGGGCUAUUUGUAGUUGGUUUCAUAAGGAGAGGACUCUCUGGUGCAUCUUUGGACGCCAUUAAAGUGGCACAAGAUAUUGGCAAUAUAUGGAAAAAAGGAACAAAGCAGAAAAAUUGA